GGUUUCUAAUCAAUCUGGCCUUUCAAGGUUAAGAUAAAAGCAGUAGAGAGGUAAGCACAAACAUGAUUGUCAAUAAUUUUCUAUCAGGAUCAGGGAAGGUACUUCAUUCAGUUUGCAGAAAAUCGAUAGCACGAUUACUAACAGCAAAUAUGUCUGUAAAGGUUGGAGAUUCUAUUCCCAGUGUUGAUCUGUUUGAAGAUACUCCUAUGAAUAAAGUGAAUUUAUCUGAAUUGUCGAAGGGCAAAAAAAUAGUACUGUUUGCUGUUCCUGGUGCUUUCACACCGGGUUGUUCUAAAACUCAUCUUCCUGGUUACGUAAAAAAAGCUGAUGAACUGAAGGCUCAAGGUAUCAGUGAGAUAGUAUGCGUUUCAGUCAACGAUCCUUUUGUCAUGGGAGCCUGGGCAAAAGAUCAGAAUACUAAGGGAAAAGUCAGAAUGCUUGCUGAUCCUUCCGCAGAACUGGCUAAGAAACUUGACCUUACUGUCGACAUUGCUCCAUUAGGAGGACUGAGAAGUAAAAGGUAUUCUAUGGUGAUUGAUAAUGGUAAAAUAACAUCACUUCAAGUUGAACCCGAUGGUACUGGACUAUCUUGCUCUCUGGCUGAAGCAGUUAAGCUAUAAAACCUCAAGUGAUACUCAUUCUAUUACACAUAAAUACUUUCCUAGGAUGAGGAUGUUGGAUUGGUCAAUGAAUUAAAAUUAUGCAUAUUGUUGUAGAUAGUCAACCCAAUAAAUUUUGUUUUGCCUAA